AUCUCACGAAAACGUCGUCGCUCUACGGAUUUUGGACUUUGGUGGCGAAACGGAAGUCUCGGGACAAGUAAAAAGCGUCGGCGUGUGGGAAACAAAAUCACAGCUACAUUUCCCUUUAUUUUGUCAUUAGGCCAGUGCCACAUGUAAAGCACGUGUCGCCCAGUUCCGGGAACUGCUUGACUGUUAACUCCUUGCUGUAUCCCUUCUUGGUAAUUCGUUUAGCCGGAUAUUUAAAUGUGUCUUGGCGAAAACCUGUUCUUGACAUCACGAUCUCUAGCCGUCGGGAAUCUUGUUGUAAAAGCACAUGCAUCAGGAUAUUCAGCAAGUGAGCAUCGCCUGAAGUUGCAGGGCAAUACAAACAAACCAGCCUUGAUCUAUCUUAAGUUAUUGAUCUCGAACAGGUGCCAUCGGAUACCUUAAAAAAAGACCAAUCGGUUUUAUUAGACAAUUUCCUUUUUAUAUUUCUACCACUGUCGCAGCUAAUUAAAAGUAUUAAUAAUAAAGAAAAACAGUUACGCUUUUGGAGGGAUCCCCCUAAACACAAUGCAGGGCUCCGUGACCCUCUGAGCCGGGCGCCAGAUACUGUAACGUCCCAGCAGUAAGCGCCGGCUCCGGGCGCUCCGGCACGCGUGUUUGCGGCAGCCCGGCCCAUGCGGCGGCUAGCUGUUCCCACCGAGACGGCUGCAGUUCCCGGUGUAUUUUCGGAGUAGAAGAUGGCCGAUUUCGAGGAGAAUACUGGAGCUCGGGCUCUGCUGGCCCUGAAGUCCGCCCCCCGCAGCCCCAUGCCGGUCUCGGCUGCGAUCAUGCCGCCGGCCUUGGCGCGCCUGGAGGGCAGGGACCUGGAGUUUGCCAUGCGCCACAAAGUGAUCACCGUGGGCCGCAACUCGUCGCACGGCUCCGUAGACGUCAGCAUGGGCCACUCGAGCUUCAUCUCCAGGCGGCAUUUCCAGAUCACCUUCGAGGAGCCCCAGUUCUACCUGCGCUGCCUGGGCAAGAACGGCGUUUUCGUGGACGGCGUCUUCCAGCGGAGGGGGGCGCCUCCCCUGCAGCUGCCCAGGGAGUGUACAUUUCGCUUCCCCAGCACGUCGAUCAAGAUUCAGUUCACGGCGCUGUACCACAAAGAGGCCUGCAAGGAGGAGGAGGCGCUGUCCCCUGUAAGGCCACUCUACCCCCAGAUCUCGCCUCUGAAAAUCAACAUUCCCGACGCUGAUUUCAGGAGCAUGAUGAGCCCCCUGCCCUCUCCGACAGGAACAAUCAGUGUUCCCAAUUCCUGUCCUGCGAGUCCUCGCGGGGCAGGGUCCUCGGGGUACCGGUCUGCGAUGAACAUCGCCUCUGACCUGCAGAUGGCGGCAGAGUUUGCUGCCAAGGCUGUGUCUGAGGAGCAGGCGGACAUGUGCGAAGGCGAUGGCCCCAAGGAUGAGUCCAAGCCACCCUACUCGUACGCACAGCUCAUAGUCCAGGCCAUCUCCUCGGCUCAGGACAGACAGCUAACACUAAGCGGGAUCUACGCCCAUAUCACCAAGCAUUACCCUUACUACAGGACUGCCGACAAGGGCUGGCAGAACUCCAUUCGGCACAACCUGUCCCUCAACCGCUAUUUCAUCAAAGUGCCGCGGUCUCAGGAAGAGCCGGGCAAAGGCUCCUUCUGGAGGAUCGACCUCACGUCCGAGGCCAAGCUGGUGGAGCAGGCCUUCCGCAAACGCCGCCAGAGGGGCGUGUCCUGCUUCCGCACCCCCUUUGGCCCCCUGUCGUCCAGGAGUGCCCCUGCCUCCCCCACCCACUCCGGCCUGCUGUCGCCCCACCCGAGCGGCAUGCAGACCCCCGAGGCACUGUCCCGCGAGGGCUCCCCCAGCCCCCAAGACCACAACCACGGUCCCAAGCUGGCCGCCGUGCCUGAGUACCGCUACUCGCAGAGCGCCCCAGGCUCUCCCAUCAGUGCCCAGCCGGUCAUCAUGGCCGUCCCGCCACAGCCCUCGGCCAUAGUGGCCAAGCCCCUGGCCUACGUCCCCGCCUCACUCGUCGCCUCGCAGCAGUCUGUGGGCCAUGCCAUGCACAUGGUGCAGCAGGCUCCCACGGUGACCAUGGUCAGGGUGGUGACCACGUCGGCCGGCUCGUCCAAUGGGUACCUCCUUGCAAGUGCCCCUGUGGCAUCUGACCAGCAGGGGGCAGUAGAGCACUCUGAAGUGAGCAGAGGGGAUGAGAAGCCUCCAGGGGGCUACACAGCGCUCCCUGCAGGCAGCGGUGUCAUUCAGUCACUGGGGAGCCAGGCUGGUGGUGGCCUGCAAAGCGCCUUCCCGAUGCAGCCGGUGUCCUUGGGUCAGCACCAGCUGCCGGUCCGAGCCGUGACCCAAAAUGGCAAACGCGUGCUACCUGUUGCCAGUGUGACCAGCAAUAUCUACGCUGUCACCAACCCACUUCAGAUCCUGGCUGCCCAGGCCUCCACCUCCUCCCCGGUCACCUUGAACAGGCCGCCCAGCGUUGAAGCCAGAGAGCCGGAAACAGUGCCAGGCGAGCCCCAGGCCAAGAGGCCUAGAGCAGAAGAUGAUAAGAUGGCUUCGGUGCCUCAGCCGGUCAUUGUGGUGAACCAGGAUGCCAGCAAAUAAAAAAAAAAAUAACAGGAGAGACAACACUCAGGAUCCUUUAAAUCUCUCCCCCUCCCCCCCUGUUCCAUUCACCGAGGUGUCAAACCAUUAAGGGGUGGGGAAAGACUCUCUUAAUACAAACAUAACUUCCUUAGCUAAAGAUACCAGUGCUGAUGCAGGUUUAAUAGUUUCAUAGGAAGAUGUUUGAGCCGAAGGUUGUGGACUCAUCAUGCCUUAAAAACACACACACACACCCUGCUGUUCUCAUCUGGCAAUAAAAGCAGCCCUUUGGACCAAGAGAAAAGCAUUUUUACCUGCAAGUUCUCUGAAACAACAUUGGAGUAGGGGCUAGGGUGGGACCAAAGCCACACUGCGUUCAGACUCUGAAAUGAAAGCAUUAAUUAUAGAGACGGAGCCACCAAAGCAAUGCAAGGACCUCUGUGACCACCGAGAUGCACAAGCUGGUAUUCUGUGUGAAACAGACUUUGAUUUGUUACAUUUUAAUAGCAGAAAAGUAUGUCCAGAGUGACCACUAGGCUUUGAGAGACUCCUAGGAGGUCUGCAUGCCGCAGAUCUUUUAGAAACAAUCACCAAACGUAGAGCCACCUGCUUUAAAUUGUCACCGUCUGGUGACUCUUGCUCGUCCUGCCCUGGAGUUCGCCGAAUGAAUGUCUUUUGGUUUUACCCUUUCUACGCAAGGCAUAUUCACUGUUACGCCUUUGUUUAGUUUUUGAAAUGCAGGCGAAGGCAGGAUUUUUUUUUAAGUGGUAGGCAAGAGGUAUGGUUUGUAAAAUAAGCUUAUAAGAAUCUUAAAUGCAGGAUUUCACACAUCAGCGUGAGGGCACCUACGCAGAGGAGGGGGAGUUUGUGAAGGUUUGUUUUUUUUUUUAAACAUGCCUUGCAUAUCAUAGCCCCAAAUCCAAUGACACAUUUAAAUAAUCACAGCGGUGUGUGAUAUGCAUGUAGACAUGUAUGUCUGAAAAGGUUUCAAAUGCAAUACGUGCUUUGGAUAAGUAUGAAUGUAAUUUACUGGUAUAAGUCUGAAAACUGCACCAGACGCUGUACUGACAGAACAGGAAAUUUGGGAAAGUUCUCAAUUUUUCUAAUUUUAUGGGGGGGGGGGGGGGGACUAAUCAGGAUUCAUAAACUCAUUUAAUUUAGAAAAACUUCUGAGGAGUUUCGAGUGCCUUUAAGAUUUCCGAGUGUAUAAUUUCUUCUUAAUUCAUGAACAAGCUUCUCAUAUAACUGAAUGUCUGUUUACUCAGCAGUAUUUUUAGGAUGUUGCCUCACAAUGCUCCCUGUCCACACAAACCGCUAAACACAGCAUGUCCAUUUGUGUCGAGUGAUGAAAACAUGCUUUGCUCUGGAACAGUGUUUUCCAACCCGGUCCUAUGGGGCCCACAGACGGUCCACCUUUUCGAUGCUUCGCAGCUCCUGGUAGAGCAAAAACGUGGAUUGUCUUGUAGGUCCCCAAGGACCAGAUUGGGCGGCCCUACUCUAGAAUUGGCCAAUCAGCGGUGUUGUAUGUUCCAUAAUUCCAUCUCUGCACUCUUUCCUGGUUCCAGGGGUCACACAGACCGAUUCAUUUCUGAUUGUCAUGAUUUCAAAAGGAGGACGGCUCAGCGUGCAGCUGUGGUGGUAGCUUGUCCUACCCAAAAUUGGUCGGCAGCAUUUGUGUCUCUGAAUUACCCACAGUCUCUGCGUGUCUGCGCAUGUUUGAUCGGCUUGGCUUCUCGUUCAGGGUGUCCCCUGGCUCUCGCCCUGUGCUUUUUGUUUGUUUGUUUAUGCUCCAAGUCUGUUAUGUUGAAUGAAUGGUUUCCACGGUGACACUGGUGCUGUCAUAGAAAUAAUGAUGAUUGGGGGAAAAUGAGUAUAUAGAUGUAAUGCUUUUUAUUUUGGUAGCUUUCCUUAGUAAGUAGACAUCAGGGGGCUCUAUAGCUGAACACAAUGAUCUGAACCUGUUCGCUACCUACUGUGAUGCUUUUAUAACAAAUAAAGCAUCAGUAACGUGGGUAUGCCCAUUGAACUUGUGUCUGCAAAGAAGCAUAAGAGUGACUGUGAAAAUGCACGUUUGCACCCAGCUCUCGGCGUGGUUCCAGCUCCAUUCGCCUCCGGUCCUCUUUGGCCUCUGCCUGUCUUUCCAUCUUAGCAGCCUUUAAAUACUGGUCAGGUUUUCACAUGGAGUUUUCUUGUCUGUUUUACAUUAAAUUCAUUGCUGUUCAGUAGAA